AUGAAUCUUGAACAGUUUAUAUCAACUGAAGAAGAUUGGGGUCAUUAAUCAUAUUAUGAAAAUGAUGACUUUGAAUUUUCAUGUUCACCAAUCAUGUUUGGUCGUCCAUCAAAUAAAAAUAAAAAUGAAGUUGAAUUAGACAAAGAAGAUUACUUUAUUGAUGCUUUUAAAUUUGAAGAACCUAAAGAUAUACCAGAUUAGAAUCAACUUCUUAAUACUCCCUAGAUUCCGAUAAAAAAGAGGUAAAUUAGGAAAAAUCGAAAACUCAAAAAUAACUCAAUCACUUCUCUAUACAAAAGAAUGUUCUCUUAGAUAAUCAAUGAUUCACAAUCCCAGGCUGAGAUACAAAAACAAUUAGAACAUUGCCAAAAGAUGAAAUCUGUAAUUGAUGGAUUAGAAAAAACUUUAAUUAAUGUGAAAACCUUGCUUGUUCACAAACUUAAAUAUAGAAAUCAUUGA